UUAAAAGUAAAGCCUAAACUGGGGGAGUGGAGAAGCGGAGCAGGAAGGCCUUUGCGGUUCUUUCUUUGCCUGUGCUUCAGCAGCGACGGGGAGCGCAAAGGUCGGUGCUCGUGGUGCUGGUGUUCAGCCGAGGGUGAGAACUGAUCGCCAACAGUAAGUGUCGUCGGAGUGGACGGAUUCAAUAAGGUUACAGAACAUUUCAAGAUUGAAGAGUGACUUGUGUGAAAGAUGGUAGAUCCUGUGAAAUUACGUGAGUCUUCUAGCUUUCAACUUAACUGGCCACAGCCUGAAGAACCAUCCCAGAAAGAGGAAGAAGAAAGUAAAGAAUCAAAGAUCAAAUACUAUCUGCUAAAAGUUGUUACAGAAGACCACCUUAAGGAGCUAGGCAUUACCAAGCAAGAUUGUCAAGACUUUUCAAGGAACAGACGUGAUGGUUUGGCUGAUAAACUUGGUAAAGAAGGGGAGAAUCGUGAACAGGAGGGAAUGGUACAUGCAGAAAAGCGCAAGGUGUCAUCAGGAAGUCAAAGAGAAAACAUCUUCCAGAACAAUGACCUAGGUUGUCAGAAGGAUGAAAAGUCUCGAAAUGCCAGUUUGCAAACAGCCUUUGAGGAGAAACAGAUAGCGGUAUCCAAGAAGAGAUGCUGUAAUGUGGGAAACUUCCAAGACAAUGUAAUCUCAGCGAGACCUUCACCAGGACAGAGUUCUUAUGAGUGCACUGUGUGUAAGAGAUGUUUCAGCCGCAGCUCAAGCCUCUUCAAUCAUCUGUGUACCCAGACUGCAAAAACACUUCACAAAUGCACACAGUGUAAGAGGGUCUUCAACUUCAACUCAGCUUUAAUUCAGCACCAAAAGAUGCACCAGAGGCAGAAAAUAUUAUUAGAGUGUUCAGAUUGUGGUGAUCAUUUUACUUGCAGAUCUAGCCUCAUUAUCCAUCAAAAGACUCACAAAAGAGAGAAGAGGCCCUAUAUGUGCUCACAGUGUAAUCAGUGUUUCUACCGUGCUUCUGAGCUGAUAACUCAUGCUCACAUGUGAAUGUGAUCCUUUGAGUCUCAUUAAGCUGGAGCUACAUGAAUAAGAAAGAAGCACCAACCUGUCUACUUUUUUU